UCUACAUACAAAUAAUCAACCUCUCUCUCUCUCUCUCUCUUUCUCCCUACAGAACUAAACACAUAAAGACGGCAUCUAAUGGACUUAGAACAGAAGACAAGAGGACUUGGCAAGUCAUGUGCCCUUCUCAUAGUGAUUGCGGGAAUGGAGAGAUAUGCGUUCAAAGGAGUUGCAUCAAACUUAGUGACAUACCUAACAGAUGUAGUGAAGAUGAGUAACUCAAGAGCAGCCAAGACAGUUAACACUUGGGCUGGUUUCACCUCUAUGUUGCCUCUCUUCUCUGCUCCUUUGGCUGAUGCGUACUGGGAUAGAUUCUUUACUAUCCUUGCUUCUUCGUCUGUCUACUUUGUGGGGCUAGUGGGAUUGACAUGGACGGCAUUUGCUGGGUCACGUUCAGCUACGAAGACAAUCUCUACCUAUUUUCUCUACUCAUCACUAUGCCUUGUCUCAAUCGGGUUAGGCGUCUUAAACCCUUCUCUUCAAGCCUUUGGUGCGGACCAGCUUGACCACGACCUCGAUAAGGAAUUUGAGCUUCUCUCUGGUGAUCAAAAAGACGCUAAAGCUACCCGAAAGACUCAGUUUUUCCAAUGGUGGUACUUUGGUGUCUGCGCUGGAAGCCUUAUGGGUGUCACUGUCAUGGCUUAUAUCCAAGACACUUUUGGUUGGGUCCUCGGUUUUGCCAUACCCGGAAUAGCCAUGUUCCUGUUGAUCUUGUUGUUCUUGUCGGGUUGCGGAAUCUAUGUUUAUGGUACUGGUGCUAGUGCCGGUUUAAAGACGAAAACAACCCCUACACCUUUUGAGAAGAUCCUUCAGCUCAUCAAAGGGAGAGUAGUGAAGAAAAAGAAGAAGCAGAGAAGCAAAUAUACACUUGCAGAUGAGGAAGAUUUGGAUGCUAUGGAGCUUGAGCUACAAGAGAGGCCUCUCUGUAAAUGCGAUGAUGACGCUGAGGCUAAAGACAUUGAAACAGCUUCAACAACCCCACAGAAAAUGGAUGAUGAAAGUUCGAAAACUGGUUUCUCUGGAAUUGAAACUAUCAAGUUAGUGCUUCGCCUUUUACCCAUAUGGACGAUGCUUCUCAUGUUUGCAGUCAUCUUCCAGCUACCAGCGACCUUUUUCACUAAACAAGGCAUGACCAUGAAGCGAAACAUCGGUUCCAGCUUCAAAAUCCCCCCUGCGACCCUGCAAAGCACCAUCACGCUAUCCAUAAUCCUUCUUAUGCCGCUGUACGAGAAGAUCUUGAUCCCUGUCACCAAAAGAAUCAAGAACAACGGUCAAGGCAUCUCUGUGAUGGAAAGAAUGGGAGUUGGAAUGUUCCUAUCCAUCAUCGCCAUUGUUAUUGCAGCACUAGUCGAAAGGAAAAGACUAGACAUAAGCCAAAAGGUGAAGAGUUUACCUGACUAUGAUCCAGAAACCGUCCCGUUCAGCAUCUUCUGGCUGCUACCUCAGUACAUACUCCUGGGAAUCUCGGAUAUAUUCACAGUGGUUGGGAUGCAAGAAUUUUUCUACAGCGAGGUUCCGGUUAAAAUGAGAACAAUGGGAUUUGCUCUCUACACAAGUGUCUUUGGUGUUGGAAGCUUUGUUAGCGCAGGGCUGAUCUCAGUCGUGGAGGCUUACUCAACCUCAACAGGUGAAAGGAAAAACUGGUUUGCAGAUGAUAUGUCGGAAGCUAGGCUAGACAAAUACUACUGGCUGCUUGCUCUUACAAGUACUAUAAGCUUUGUGGUCUACAUAGUUCUAUGCAAGUAUUUCAAGAGUAGUAGUGGUGAUCAAGACAGUGAAGAAAAAGCCCCUAAAUAAGACAGGAAACAGUUUCGAUUUCUUUUACUUAAAAAAAAAACUAACCGUUUUCUACAAGAUUACACUGAAUGAUCUAACUGUAAUAGCCUUAAGAAGUAACUAGCAAGAAAAACGCUUAAAAAUUCAAACUUUAUUAUUUCGUGUGUGUUUGUUACAUAUCAAUCCCAACGACCAACAACAUUUCUAUAAGAACAACAGAAACGAAAAAGAAAAAAAAAGUUUGAACCUUUAAGCGUGUGAGCUGAUUCCAUUAACACCAGUUUCCUUAGCUACGUUACUAUCGUCUUCUUCAUCAGAAUCGAGAGUGAAGUUACUUAAAUUUCCCAUCUCAGCUCCAAGUGGUCGAUACUUGGAGUGAUCCUCCUCAGGGAAAAAACCUUUCUUAUUCGCAACUAUAGAGAACAAAGCAGUAGCCAAAACCACCAUGAGAGCCAAAUGACAGUUAAACUGAAGCGUUGCUAUAGCUUUAGCCCUGUGAUAAUCACCGUGUCCUUUGCACUUGAUGGUGAAAUUGCCUCUGCUCUUCUCGUGAAACGAACAGUUAUUAGUGAUCAAACCUGUGAAAAACGAUAUCCCCAUUUGAAGAAACCACGUCCCUUGCAGAAUCAGACCGAUGCCGCGUCCAAGCUUGGCGAAUCGAUGCGUGGUGGUUGAGUCGGAUCUAAGCUCGAAGAGAGUGGAGAAGACGCAGAUGGCGAUGGGAACGAGCAUGAGGUCGUAGUAGCGAUUCUCGAUUCCGGAUGUGUCUUUCUUCUGGAGGUAGAAGAUGAGAAACUCCUCUAUGAAGCCGAAGAGAAGCAACAGGCUUGUGAUCGAAGACGGAAGAGAAGCAAAGACUGAGUUUUUGGAGUUGACCAGAAGAAGGGCGUACACUAGGAAUAGAACUGCGACUGCUAGGAUCUGUAACUGGAGCAUUGAUCCGACCCGAUCGUUGGAUCCGAUUGAGCUGAAGAAGGAGUAAAUCGAGUUGGCGAUAAACAGAGACGAAAGCAGAGCUACGGGGAUGGAAGACGAUCCAACAGACUUCAUAGGGGGAGACGGAGACGGAGACGUCAUAGGAGAAGAUGGAUCAGUGCCAGUAGAUUGAUUCGGAUCAUGGUUUGAAGAGUCGAGUGACUCCCACGCGCCGAUUACUGCAAAUCCUCCGCCGGCGACGGCGUAACUCAAUAUACCCAUUAAUUCAAAUCUCCGAUC